UGCCCUGCCAAUGAUGAGACAAGACAACCCCGAAAGAUGUUGAUUUUGACACCCUAUCGAUACGGUCCCCUCCCUUGCGUGCUCAGUCCCAGCUGCACGCAUGCCAUUCCCGACGGCACCAGGCACCUGAAGCAUGUGGCCCCAACUGGAAACCUGACGUGCCUCGUGCUGCCGUCUCGUGCGACUUACCAUCACACGGCGUGCGGUGCGAUGCCGUUGGGUGGACCUACAGCAGUGCCAGCUUUGAACGAUGAAUUUGCUUGUGGCUAGCAUUGCGGGCAACUAUCUAUCACAUAAUCUGCAUAUGCUAGGCUGGUUAAUCGAUGGCAACUGGCGAUCUGAUAUGUGCGAUGAUGUAUGGGGCAUCUACCUAAGUACCUGGACCUGGACAAGAUUUGACUAUUAAUGAGAUCGAUGAUACGUUCAUGUUGACAGCCAAGGCUGGGGCGAACAGACGGGAUUCGGAUAGGGACUGACAUCGACAUCGGCACCGAUAACAA